CUGCUUUGCAUGACCAUGGCUAUGAUUAAGUUGUUUUCUCCUCAUGGCUCAAAUGGAUGUGUAUAUUUAGCUGACUCAAGUUGGGGUCGAGUCCACUUUGUGAAGCCCAUCCACUUCACUUCAAAGGUUUAAGGCAGCCUUGUGUGCACGCUGACCUUGGUGUGGAAGAGCUUCAAGGUUGACGCAGGUCUGCGUUCUCCAACAAGUAGAUGUCGGCCGACUCGGGUACCACUAGUGCGUGUUCCUCCAACGAGUCAGCCAGCUCAACACUUCUGAGUCAUGGAGUGUGAGACCCUGGAGAUUUCUGAAAAAGAUGAUGAUGACAAGGAGUCUGAGGCUCCCUAUUAUUUGGAAACCCCAUAUGGUUAUCAGCUAGACCUGGACUUCCUGAAGUAUGUGGACGACAUAGAAAGGGGAAACACCAUCAAAAAGCUGAACAUUCAACGUAAACCCAAACUGCCCAGGUCUGUGCCACCCCCUCAAAGUGGUGGUCAGACUGAGUGGACUUCAACAGACUCCUUGUCUUCCUCCAAUAGCGAUGAAAGCAAGCCGUCACCGGUGUUCUUCACAACUCGGAACAAGCUAGCCUCGCUGGGUCACAAUGCCCAAGUCCAAGAGGCCCCUCAGGCCUUUUUGAACGUUCCCGAGGCCAAGCAGCAGCAGCAGCUGCCACCUCCACCUUCACCUCACCUCCCUCGCCACAACCCCCUGGUGGAGAAAACGCUGAUGGAGACUCGGAGGCGGCUGGAACAGGAGCGGGUCCUCAUGCAGCCACCGGUCGGUGAGCCGCCCCGCAGGCGCCUGGCCAGCUUCAGCGGAAUGGGCUCCAGCAGCUCCCUGUCAUCAUACGGAGGCUCAUAUGGGCCGAGCCAGAUCUCACCCAGUUCGAAUUCUCUGCAGCACAAUGGUCAUUUGGCCAAUGGUGAAUACAUUCUCUAUAUGACUUCCUCUAUGGGCAGCUCCAUACGUCACAGUCCACUCAACUCAGGCUUGACCACGCCAGUGACCAACAUUAGCCCUUUGCACCUCCAGAAUAUCCGUGACCAGAUGGUGGUGGCUCUCAAGCGCCUUAAAGAGCUUGAGGAGCAAGUGAAGACCAUCCCAAUCCUUCAAGUCAAGAUCUCAGUCUUGCAGGAAGAAAAGAGACAGCUGGUGUCACAGAUGAAAAACUCUAAAUUAGCUGGGCAGGGCCAACUCGGGGGCUUCCGAAAGCGUUCCUACAGCGUUGGCAGUGCCGAUCAGUACGAGCCAGUGGCACAGCUUCAUUCAGGCUCAGAGUUGCAUAUUGAUGAGGCAGAGAAUGUGGAGCAGAGCUCCCAAAGGCUACGGGAGUUCCAGCAGUUGACCGCCGAGGUGCGGGCUUUGGAGCGGAAUAUCCAAGAUAGCAGUGAGGAACCAGAACAUGGAUUAUGCCAAAUGCAACACAGUAGAAACCAAAAUGUCUUACAAAGGCAGUGGAACUGCCAAAGCAAGUCCAUUGGUGUUGGCGCAGAUGAGAACAUGAAUGACAUGGUGAUCUACAGAAAGUCUCCAGGGUGGUGCAAGGAUGUCUCUACAGGAACGGAGCAGGAAACAAGGAGCACAGGAGUUGGAGUGACCGAAGCUAUGCUGGGCAUUAGCACUGAGGCAGAGGCUGAAAUAGAGCUGCAGCACCAGACUAUUGAGAGCCUUAAAGAAAAGAUCUACAGACUGGAGGUACAACUGAAGGAGACAACCCAUGAGGUAGAGAUGGGAAAACUCAAGCUGGAGCUUCAAGUGGCUGGCUCACGGAAGAAAACUGACAAGGGCUUGUUGGCAAGGCCUGAGAUGUACAGCACUUCAGUGGAGGCCAAGGUCUCGACACAGAGUCAAGGGGUGGGGAACCAUCAUGAGUGUAGUGAUGUCAGCAUAAGUCAUGUCCCACAGACACACACCAUAGGUGUCUGUUGUCGACCCAACUUAAAGCAUGUUGCUGUGGGUCCAGAGUUGCCAAUGGAGAGGUGGGUUGUACAAGAACGUGUAGAGGUUCAGGAUCAGUGUGUAGGAAAACAAGUGUUGAUGUGCCACCAAAAAGUGGGGGUGGAAGAAAGUAAGUCUGAGGUGGGAGUCAACACUGAGAUGACUGUGGAAAGUUUACAGCUUUAUAAGACAGAGCCUGAACAGGAAAAGGAGCUCAGGUCCAUUGGAUGUGGAGAAUGCUCAGUGGAUGUAGUGGUUUGUCCCAUUAAAGAGCUCCUGUGUAAGGGUACAGCAACGGACACUGUGAGGAAAAUGGACUCAGCUGUGAUGGUUUUGCCCAUGGUGUUUUCGCAGCAUACAAACACAGAAGUGAAGGCUGCAAGUAAAUACACAAACACAGAGAGCACCAUACUCACUGAUUCCUGCACAAUUACUCAUCCAAUCUCAAAAGACAAGCAAACGAGCACUAUACCGUUGGAAACCCGCACAAUUGCUGUUGGGGAAGGUCUUGUAAAAGACAUCCAAACCACAGUAAAGGCCCGCUCCAUUGCAGUGGGUACCACAGCAUCAGGGGAGUCUAUUGAGAAAAUUACCUCAUCUAAAACCAAAGAGAGUGGGAUUGGCCAUGCUAGUAUAAAUGAAAACUUUUUGGUGGGCCUCAAAACCCGCAACAUUGCAUGUGGACCCUCUCAACCCCUCAGCAAAACCCAGGAGAGGAGUGUGGCGACAGGACAAACAGAAGCUAUGGAGGCACUGCCAUCACAAGCAAAGGCUGGGACUGGGGUUGGCUUAGACCACUACAUAGAAAGAGUUCAGAAGCUCCUUCAGGAGCAGCAGAUGUUGCUGGCUGAAAACUACAGUGAGCUUGCGGAUGCCUUCGGCCCACCUCAACAGUUCCAGUUCAGCUCCAUUAACAGUGAGCUGGUAACCACUCUAUCAUCCAUCAACUCUGUGAUGAUGUACGGUAGUGUUGAGGAACUCCACGAUAUGGACCUCAGGGGGCUGCAAAUAGACUCUGGUAAUGUCAGAACAGCUCCUCUCUCCAGCGCGGCACCUCCUGCUUCUCUCCUCGGCUCAGAUGCACACGAGAGCGUGUGCGGUGAGAGGGCUGCUGGCAAUGAGCAGAGCACGGUGCCUCAGAAGAGCCGCAUGGACCAGCAGAUGUCCACUGCUCUGCGUGGUGGUCAGAACACUCUAAAAUCCAUCAUGAAGAAAAAAGAUGGACACCAGGGCACCAACGGCACCAAAAAGAACCUGCAGUUUGUUGGUGUGAAUGGAGGAUAUGAAACAACGUCAAGCGAUGACUCCAGUUCUGAGGAGAGCAGCUCUUCAGCCUCAGACGAGGAGGACGAGGAGAAGGAGAUGGUGGGGAGUCUGACAAAGAGGAGGAAAGAGGAGUCCAGCGAUGACGGCGUGCUGGAUGUGAAGAGAGACGUGGAGGAUUUGAGCCAAGGAAUGCAGGAGACGAGAGAGAGGCAUGAGCUAAGUGAGAAGAUGAUAUCAGCAUGCAACACUCUUAAAGCCCACCUGUCUGAUCCCAAGGCUUUAUCCAGCAAAGAUGUGAGGACGUGCAUGAACACGGUGCAGCACGAGUGGUUCCGCGUGUCUAGCCAGAAGACGGCCACAGCGGCUGUAGUGGAGGACUACCUCAACGCCUUCCGGAACAUCUCACCUGACCUGCUGCGGCAUGUGGUCAACAUGGCUGACGGCAACGGCAACACUGCCCUCCACUACAGCGUCUCCCACUCCAACUUCCACAUCGUCGAGAAGCUGCUGGAAGCAGACGUCUGCAACGUCAAUCAGCAGAACAAGGCAGGCUACACUCCCAUCAUGCUAGCUGCGUUAGCUGCCGUGGAGUCCCCUAAAGAUAUGAGGGUGGUAGAGGAGCUGUUCAGCAAAGGGGAUGUCAACGCAAAAGCCAGCCAGGCUGGUCAGACGGGGCUGAUGCUGGCGGUCAGCCAUGGCCGGAUGGACAUGGUGAAGGCCCUGCUAGCCUGUGGCGCCGACGUCAACAUCCAGGAUGAUGAGGGCUCCACAGCGCUCAUGUGUGCCAGCGAGCAUGGCCACGUGGAGAUCGUCAAGCUGCUGCUGGCGCAGCCAGGCUGUGAUGCCACACUCAGCGACAACGAUGAAAGUACUGCUUUGUCCAUUGCUCUGGAGGCUGGGCACAAAGACAUUGCAGUGUUGCUGUAUGCCCAUGUGAACUUCUCCAAAGCGCAAUCCCCAGGAACGCCUCGGCUUGGCAGGAAAACGUCUCCCAGUCCCACCAGGCGGGGCAUGUUUGAUUAGAGAAGCCCUGCACCUCCUCCACCCAUUCUGUGCUGCUACUCCUUGUAACUCAUUUGUGCCUAGCAUGUAUAUUCUGUGACCUAGCAAACCACGCAUUUGUGCAAACACAUGGCCUGGCCCGCGUUUUCCGCCUUUGGUCCCAUGUUCAUGUUCUCUUCUGGUUGGAGACUGCAGUGGAUCUGUCAGUCAGGAAUAGGUUUCUCACUGAGUCAUGCUGAACUAGUUCUAAAGUACUUUUUUUUGUGCCUGAAUCCACCAGCAAGAGAUGUUGUUUAAGGAAACGUCCUGCUUAAUGAUGGUUUCCAAAUUUUGAUGUAAACUGGAAUUUGGAGCAAGCCUUACUUCAAAUUAAUGUAGAUAUAGAAGUUUAUAAUAUAUGUCCAUGUUUUUUUUUUUUCUUCCAUUGUCCCAACAUAUUUAUAUACAGAUUCUUGAGAUUAUUGUUUUUAAUCAGUAAUCAGUUCCAAGCAUUGGCCAGUGUUGCCAGAACUCAAGUUUUAUAUUUUAAGCCUGUAUAUAUGACUGUUUUCCUGUCUACUGGGUGUAAAUUGAUUUUCUUCUGUCAAAGACCCAGUAGAUAUAUGCAGUAGGUAUGAAAGGUUGGAUUACAAUUUUUUGACAUCAUUUUAAACAUCACAAGAAAUACAUAGAUUGGAAGUGGUCCUUACUUUUAUACAUGCGAUUUUUAUUUAAUAAUCACAGUACUUUACUUCCUAACAGAACAUGAAGUCAAAUAUUUAUCAAUUAAAAGUUUUUAUGACAAAUAAUUGUAUUUUCAUGUAUGUUAAAUAAACUACCAGACUACUUGGUACUUUCCUCCAAACUUAAAUGGUCAAAAUUCCUGACUUUUCACUUAAUAAACGUUAUUAAAAUCACA